AUGAGAGCAAGACUGGACCCAAUAUUCUCUGAUUACGUAUUGUCAGUGGGCAAUGGAAUGCCACCGAUCACCGUCAAUGACACCUUACAAAUCCCAAGUAAUAUGCUCAUUCCUUAUCACGACGACAACACAUCUUUAAACCUCCUAAUAGAAAAUGUCUUCCACAACAUCCAUCACUACCUAGAAAAUGUGUCUACCAUGAUGAAUCGAGCUAUAUUAACACCAAAGAACUCUUUUGUCGAUGAAAUUAAUUUGAUGUUAAUUGCACGUUUCCCGGGAGAAGCACAUCACUACUACAGUCGAGAUGAGGCUAUAGAUAGCACCGAGCAAUCAGUUAUGGAAGAUUUCUUAAACACUCUUACACCAAACGACCUUCCUCCACAUGAAUUGCAGCUAAAGAGGAAUUGUCCAAUAAUGUUGCUUAGAAACAUUAAUCCUUCAGAUUGA